CCAGGGGCCGCAGGGGAGAUUCUUGGGCCCCGAGGUUGAGGGCUUGUAGGGAAUGAGGUCUGCCAGGUUUGGCGGAGGUCUCCAGGACACCCUGGCACGUGGGUGUCCUGAGCAGGGGGGUUGGCAUCAGCCGUGGCCUUUGCCCCUCUGAUGGGCUGUCCUUGUCUGUGCCCCUCUUUUUUCCCUCUCCCCACCCAGGGGGCAUUUGGCCCGACCGGAAGUGCCAGUGGCGGUGGAGCCAGAGACGUGACGCUUCCUCCAGUGUCGCUGCCAGAAACCCCAGCCAGUCAAAUGCACCCUGACAGUCAACUGGCCAACCAUGGAAAGACAGGUAACGGCAGGGCCCACUCCCAGGCCCCCCCCACCCCCGUGAGCCCCACUCCCAUCGGCCACCUGGGGGCUAAAGGUGUGGGUGGGGCAGGGAGCCAGGGCAGCAAAGUUGGCCAGCCCACCGCAGGCCCUCUGGCCCUGAAAGCCAGCCAGGCUCCUGUUUCUGUCUUUGGGGCCUUGAAGGGCAAAGUCAGGCGGGAGCGCAGUGUCUCUGUGGAUUCGGGAGAGCGGCGGGAAGCAAGUACCACCCCACUGGACAAGGAGUUGAAAGGCGAGACGGUCCCUCGGAGCAAGAGGCGCUGCGUGCUGGAGAGGAAGCAGCCCUACAGUGGGGACGAGUGGUGCUCUGGGCCGGAGAGCGAGGAUGACGACAAGUCCCUGGGCGGCAGCGGCCACAAUUGCCACGUAGCUGAGCCGGCCAUGAGCGCAGGGGCACAGCUGGGCCCAGGAUCCAACCCUUUGCCGGCCCUGAGCGAGAGCACCACGCCUGGCGCCCCUCACAGCGCGGCCCCCGGAUUGCGGCCAGAGGCCGGAGGAAAGCAGGGCCUGCAGCUGGUCUACGUCUUCACCACACACCUGGCCAACACGGCUGCAGAGGCCGUCCUUCAGGGCCAGGCAGACUCCAUUCUUGGCUACCAUCAGCAACAUGUGCCCCGGGCGAAGUUGGACCAGCCGAAGGUGCCGGGUGCUCUGGAGCCCCUGCCGCUCCACUUGUCUCCUGCCAACACCCCUCAGGGACCGCCGGCCCUGCCCCCAAGCAGCCAGGGACAGCAGCCAGGAGGGGCCCCCCUGGGGCUCGGCCAAGGACCGCUCUCUUCCAGCAAUGCUCUCCCACCGGAGGGGCCCCCCGAGGAGGCUCGCCAGGACCUGACACCCAACUCGGUGGGAAACGGCAGCAACAGCAGCAGCUCCGUGGCCCCCAGCAACACCCACCCCAGCACCCCCACCACGCUCAGCUCCCUGCAAGCCAGCACUGCGGAGGGUUUGUUGGGGGAGGGGGGUAGCACGGCCCCCCCCACAGCAGGGAAUGGGCCUCGCAACCCCCUCAACACCGAAGGCCUCUCCAAGGAGCAGCUGGAGCACCGGGAGCGGUCUCUGCAAACCCUGCGGGACAUCGAGCGCCUGCUUCUGCGGGGCAGUGAGGCUGAGCCCUUCCUCAAGGGUGGGCCAGGCCCUGGGGAAGGGGCGAUCCUGCCCCCCCAGGGGGCGGCCCCAGCGCCUCCCCAGGCUGCCCUCUCCGGGACAGGCGUGAAGAAGUACGAGGAGCCGCUGCAGUCCAUGAUUUCGCAGACGCAGAGCCUGGGGGGUCCAGGCCUGGAGCAGGAGGGGCCCUUGCCCCCGGGGGUGGACCUGGGGCAGCCGAUGAACGUGGUGCUGCAGCGCCUCGGCCAGGACAGCCUGACCCCCGAGCAGGUGGCCUGGCGCAAGCUGCAGGAGGAGUACUAUGAGGAGAAGCGCCGCAAGGAGGAGCAGGCCGGCCUGCAUGGCGGGCGGCCACUGCAGGAAGUGAUGCUGGCCCAGCCCCUGGGAGGCGUCAUGCUCCGGGGGCCCCCGCCGCCCUACCACAGCCGGCCCGGGGAGCAGUGGCUGCUGCGGGGGACACCCCUGGACCUUCAGGAGCAGCUGCGGCCCACCUUCCCCGGCCCCCGUGGCUUCCCAGGCAGCCACAUCCAGAGGGGCUUUGCCACGAUGCCGAACCUGCCCCUGGAGCCCCUUGGCCCGGUUGGCGGUGGGCCCCGCCCCGGGCAGCCCGGCCUACCGUGGGGCGAAGACCUGCCCCUCAGGAGUCCGGGGCACUUUGUGCCUGGGGGCCUCUCGUACCCCCCAGGGCAGGGCGAGGCCGAGCGCUUCCUGCCAUCCCGGGCGCGCGAGGACCUGCUGCGUCACCCCCUGUUGGAGAAGCGGCCAGGGUCCCUGGGGCUGGAGAUGGAGCGCGUCCUGCCGACCCACCGGCAGGUGGAGCCUGGCCUCUUUGCCGGAGAAGGGCUGGGCCUGGAGUUCGGGGGGGGGCGGGCCCUGAUGAGCCCCCCUCCCCCACUGCAGGAGGUGGAGCCGGGCGCCUUGGCCACACCCACCAACUUGAACAUGAACGUGAACAUGAACAUGAACCUGAGUGUGCAGAUGACGCCGCAGCAGCAGCAGCAACAGCAAAUGCUGCUGACCCAGAAGGCCCGCGGCCCAGAGCUGAUGCCCCCUGAGGAAAUGGCCCGAGGGCGAGCCCCAAACGGUACUGGGGCCAUGAUGGGGGCCCCCCCAAAGAUGCUGAUGGGCUCGCCCUUCCCAGGCCAGGGACAGCAGCAGAGCUUCCCGACCGGGCAGGGCCCUUACCCGCCUGUGCCACCAGAGCUGGGCGGCACGCCUGAUAUGUUUGGUCCGGAUGGGGGCGGCAUGGCUGGCACCCCACGGCUCAGCCACGUUCCCCUGCCACCCAGCACCAGCACCUCAGCCACAAACUUGCAUGCGGCCCCCAUCCGGGGCCUGGGCCGCCGCCCCUCGGACCUGGCCCUCAACAUGGGGCAGAUGAACUCGCCCAGCGUGGGCCGCCUCAAGUCUCCCACCCUCAGCCAAGCACAUUCCCCGCUGGGCACGUCCCCUUCGGCCAACCUCAAGUCGCCACAGACGCCUUCUGCCCUGGUCAGCCUGCCAGCUGCCGCUGCCAGCAGUGCCCCCCUCAAGUCCCCCCAGGUGCUGGGCUCUGUGCUGAAUGUCCGCUCCCCAACUAGUUCGCCCGGCCAUCUCAAAUCGCCCUCCAUGGCCGUGUCUUCCCCAGGAUGGGCACCCUCCCCCAAGGCCAGCCUCGCCAGCCCAGGCAAGCCAGCCCUCGGAAUGGGCAACUCUGCCCCCUUGGGCCACCUUGAGCAAGGUGCCGUGCCCUCUGGGUCUCGGAGCAGCUCCUCUGCCCCGCCUGGCAAUACCUCUGGGCCCCUGAACCCCAACCUGCCUUUUCCUUCCUCUCCAGAUCCACCCCCAUCCCAGAACCCUUUGUCCCUCAUGAUGUCCCAGAUGUCCAAAUACGCCAUGCCCAGCUCCACGCCACUCUACCACAACGCCAUCAAGACCAUCGCCACCUCAGAUGAUGAACUGCUCCCGGACCGGCCGCUGCUGCCGCCUGGGGCUCUGGCUGGCAUGGGCGGAAGCCAGACCAAUGCAAUGCAUGUGAACUCUGUGGGGCCGGCCCCCGUGCCGAGCCCGAUGGGCCUGAACCUCGCUGGACAGCAGCUGCUCUCCCAGGAAGUGGCAGCCCCCCCAAUGUCUUCGCCCAGCCCCCUGGGGACCGGCCUCCCCAUGCACAGCAGCGCUCCUGGGCAGAACCCGAUGAUGCCCCCCGGGCCCCCAGACUCCCUGGGCCAGUCCUGCGGCCCUUCUGGCCAGCUGGUCUUUGCAACACGCCUGCAGCAGCCCCCCGCCAACGGAGGCGGCAUUCCAAUGGCCCCAGGAGGGGCGGCCGGGCCUGGGUUGCAGCCGCCGCCUCCCUCUCAGCAACAGCACUACCCCCCUGGCUUGGGAGUCCCUCCAGAGGAGUUGCCCCCCCAGCAGGCGCCCUCUCAGCAGCGCCUGGCCGGUCGGCUGCCGGAGCCGUACCCCUCCGUGCUUCCCGGGGUGGCCUCCGUGCUGAGCGAUCCAGAGCUGAGCGACGUGAUCCGGCCCACCCCGACAGGCAUUCCCGAGUUCGACCUCUCCCGCAUCAUCCCUUCGGAGAAGCCCAGCAGCACCCUGCAGUACUUCCCCAAGGGGGAGGGCCAGGGGGUCAAGACCCUCCCCCCCUCCAACCUGCACCUGGCGAACUUGCAGAACAUGAUGGCGGAACAGGGCCCGGCCCGGCCCGGCCCACAAGUGAUGCCACGCGGAAUGUCUCUGUGCCACCCCGGACAGAUGCCCAUGCUGGGCAGGACAGGCCUGCCCCCCCAGCAGGGCCUGGUGGGCAACAGCUUGCCCCAGGGGCUGGUGCUGCCCCAGCAGAGCCUCCUGGCCCAGCAGAACUUCCUGCUCAUGCAGGCCAAGCAGCGCAGCAUUUCGGUCUCCGGAGAGAUGUACGGGCAGCCAGCGGGGCACCUGCUCUCCCCCCAGGGCUCGCUUAUGGGGCCCCCUUCCCAGCAGAACCUCAUGGUCUCCAUGCGCCAGCGCAGCGUGUCCCUGGACGGCCAGGUGAGCUACGGCCCCGGAGGCGGCGGCAUGGCCAACCUGCCCUUCUAAGGAAUCUUCUCUGCUUUGCUUCUGGAAGAGAAAUCGGGAGGCCUCCACAGGUCUCGGGGAGCAACCGCCGGCCCAGCCUUCUCUGGGUCGGAGUAAACGGAGGGAAAGGUGGAUGCCCUCGACCGGUUGCCCUGGCACCAGGCGGAAGUCCCACCCAGCAGCUGCCUGCAACAGAGCGGAGUCCGUGCACCAGCUGUUCCAAGGCUGGACACUCCAGGCUGGUGCUGGGACAGGGCCUGAGGGGGCAUUUGCACCCCCACCCCCACUUAGCUCUCCUUGCAGGACGUUGGCCCGGAAGAAACGCCACGGGAGUGGGUUGGCCCUUCCCCCCGUGCUGUGAAGGGAUCAUGGCCAGCGCAGGGAACGCGAGGGGGCCUUCCCGGACUGUUGGGCGCUGCCCUUUCAGCGGCCUUCUGCACUCGCUCUCUUUCCCACGGAGGGGGGCCAGUCUGGGUGAGUCCAGCCCAGCCCUUCCCUUGGCUUCCAUGCCACCUUGCGCUUCUGGGCUUGUCGUGGGAUAAUAUCCGAGGGGAGGGGGAGGUUUGGGGAUCAAAGGUCCAAAUAGUCCCCCAUCAAAAGAAAGGUGGCUUCCUUUUGGCAGCAGUUCCCAUGAUGGACAAAGAGAAGCAAAAAGCAAGCCAGAGACCGAGAGACGGGCAUGAGAGGGCAGGCCCCGUAGCCUCCCUUGGGGAAGGGCUCACCUGCCCCUCGUGUGAGUUGGGGGGGCAGUUCACACCCUGCCCUCUAACUCUAGAUGAAGGGAGGCCCUUCCUCUUCCUCUCUGCCUGGCCAGGGUUGGAGGAGUGUCCUGGAUCGCAGGACCCUCCAGCAGAUGCAUCUGGCACUGCCAAGCUGGGGCGCUUCUGCACUUUGAAACUCGGCUUCUGCCUGAGACCUCCCCCCGCCCCAGCUUUGGCAGUGAAGUUCAGAAGAGGGAGGGUUGAGGGGGCUACGGAAAGUGUGUGCUGGGGAGAGAGAAGCCAGGGGGAAGGGCUGGUUUUCCAGGGUCUCUUAUCCAAGCAAAGGCCUGGCCAGGAGUUUCUCCACCACAGCACCCCACACCCCAGCCCCAAGGCCGCAGAAGGUGCUUCCAGUGACCCACCGCCCUGUUCCUCCCUGCUCGGCGCAUUCAUGGGCUCCCUGCCCCCCUCCCUCUCCAGCUCUGCCUUGUGCUGUGGACGUGGUCCUGUCUCGUGUCUCCCGACUCCCUCCCUCCGACUCCCUCCCCAGCUUGAGUCGCCUCUGCUGAGCAUCCUCCCCCCCCACCCCACCCCUUCCUCUGCCAUCAGUCAGGAUGAGGCCAAGGGAGGAGGUGACCCAGAGCCCCUGCGGCUGAUGGAGGAGGGCACUGGAUGCUCCGUGCCAUCUCCUGCCAGCCAUGCAUUUUGUACCAGUCUAUAAAUAAAAAUAUAUAAAUAUAAAUAUAUAAAUACAAUAUGUGAAGACAUCUUACCGGUUUUUAUUUUGAAAUGAUUUCUAGGCUUGUUUUGGGGUAUCUGUGCUGCCUGUAAUGUAUUGAUUGACCUGUUUUAUAGGUGCCUUUUUAUUAAAAAAAAUUAAACUUCUGCCAGGA